AUGCCCCCGAAGGUGACGCCGAAGAAGGACGGGCCGCAGCAGCAGCCGGAUCUCACGGCGAUUCUGGCGCAGCUCACCGCCUACUUGGAGAACCAGUCCAAAACCCAGGAGGCUCUCCUCGAGCAGCUCUCCAAGCCGAAGGACAACGAGUUCCUGAUGGAAACACUUUCAAACACCAUCCCGGAAUUUGUUUACGACCCCCAAGGCGGACUGGUCUUCGACAAGUGGUACUCCCGGCACGAGGAGGCCUUCAACAAGGGCGGGGAGAAGCUGGAGGAAGCGGACAAAGUGCGGCUGCUCGUGCGAAAGCUAACACGGUGGACACGCUUAAGGAGAUGUUCGGGCACCAAACGUCCGUGUUCUUCCGGCGCUACCAGUGUCUGCAGACGACCAAGCGGAAUGCGGAGGAUUUCGUCACGUACGCCAGUACCGUCAACCGAGCUGGAAGGCGAGACGGCGGAGCACCCGAUGACUCUCAAGAAGCUGUUAUUGGAGUGCCAGCAUUUGGACAACCUCAAACACGACACUGCUGUUAUUGAGGGUCCGAAGCCGGCCGUCAAAGCGGUCCAGCAGGAUCGCAGCGGUUUUCGCGAGUCGGGCAAACCGGAACGGAAGUUCGACAACAGGAAUCCGGCCAAGGCAACCCCACGACGUCCGUGCUGGCAGUGCGGGCAGAUGCACUUUGUUGCAGACUGCUCGUACACGAAACACACCUGCAAGACGUGCGGCAAAGUGGGACACAAGGAAGGAUACUGUGCUUGCUGCUCCAAACCCUCCGGUUCCGGAGAAGGUGCAUCACACACAGCACCCGGAGGCGGCAAGAAGAAGCACAAAAAGAAGCGGGCCGACGGCGGGGGACACUCAAACGGAGUGUACGCUGUCAACAAGGAAGGUGUCGUCGGACGGCGCAAAUUCGUGGAAGUUCUGAUCAACAACGAACCGAUCGAACUCCAGCUCGACUGCGGAUCGGACUACACCAUCAUCUCGACGGAUUCACUUCCCCUGCUCGGCAACCCAGAAACCAUUCCGACGGAACUGCGGGUGGCCACAGCCUCAGGCAAACCCCUUCCGCUGGAAUUGGAGUUCGAGUGUGACGUCACGUUCCGCGGGACCACCAAGCGUUCCGUGUGCUACGUCACUCCUGUGCGCGGUUUCAAGGUUCUUGGGAGCGACCUGAUGGAAGCUUUCGGGCUGUACGACAUUCCGAUCAACGACUUCUGCAAGCAACUCACAACUGCGGAGGACUCGUUGGCGUGUGGUGCCGCGCUGAAGGUGAAAUUUCCGGCGGUGUUCCAGGAAGGACUCGGACGGUGCACGAAAACGAAGAUCCAGCUGUUCCUGAUCGACGGGGCGAAGCCGGUCUUCAAGCCUAAGCGGCCAGUGCCGUUCCACUCGCAGCGGCUGGUCGAGAAGGAGCUCAACCGAUUGCAGGACAUGGGAGUGCUGGAGCCGGUCGACUACUCGGACUGGGCGGCACCCAUCGUGGCAGUUCGGAAGGCGCAGCGCGACGCAGACGGAGAUCCGGUGGUCCGCAUUUGCGCGGAUUACUCGACCGGGUUGAACGCUGUGCUGGAGGCGAACAAGUACCCUCUCCCUACCCCCGACGACAUCUUCGCAAAGCUGGCUGGCAGCAAGUUCUUCAGCGUGAUUGACCUGUCGGACGCUUAUCUGCAGAUGGAGGUAGAGGAGGAGUCGCAGAAGCUGUUGACUAUGAACACACACAAGGGGCUGUUCAAGGUCAAGCGUCUGCCGCCGGGAGUGAAACCCGCUCCUGGAGCCUUCCAGAAGGUCGUUGACAACAUGCUCGCCGGCCAGGAAGGAGCGGCGUCGUUCCUCGACGACGUGCUGGUGUUUGGCCGAACGCGCGCGGAGCACGACCGGAACUUGGAGCAAACGCUGCAGCGGAUCCAAGAUUUCGGUUUCCGGCUCAAGAUCGAGAAGUGCAAGUUCUACAUGACGGAGGUGAAGUACCUGGGCCACAUCAUCAACCAAAACGGAAUCCGCACCGACCCGGGGAAAGUGUCUGCCAUCUCGCAGAUGCCACCGCCGAAGAACCUCACCGAGCUGCGUUCGUUCUUGGGCGCGGUCAACUACUACGCGAAGUUCAUCAAGGAGAUGCACCAGCUGCGUAGGCCACUCGAUCUGCUGCUGAAGAAGGACGCAAAGUGGGCCUGGUCGGACGACUGCCAACGAUCGUUCGAGCGCUUCAAGGAGCUGCUCAAGUCUGACCUGAUGCUGACCCACUACAACCCGACGCUGGACAUUAUCGUGGCCGCUGACGCUUCGCAAACCGGAAUCGGCGCCACAAUCCGACAUCGUUUCCCUGACGGUUCGGAGAAGAUAAUCCAGCACGCCUCAAGAUCGUUGACACCGGCGGAGCAAGCGUACGGGCAGAUCGACAAGGAAGCUCUGGCGCUCGUCUACGCUGUCACGAAGUUUCACCGGAUGCUGCUGGGACGACGGUUCGUUCUGGAGACAGACCACCAGCCUCUGCUCCGCAUCUUCGGGUCGCACAAGGGAAUCCCGACACACACGUCCAACCGACUGCAACGACUGGGACUCGUUCUGCUGUGCUACAACUUUGGCAUCGACUACGUCUCCACGGCGAACUUCGGGUACGCGGAUGUACUCUCCAGACUCAUCGAUUCGGCGGCCAAGCCGGAGGAGGAGUACGUUAUCGCCGCUCUGUAUCUGGAGGACGACAUGUCGGCGGUCUUGGAAGACUCCGUUGGCAACACACCUGUCACUUCCAAGAUGAUCGCCGCUGCUACCGCCCGGGACAAGGUGCUCAAGAAAGUGGUCCAGUACUUGGAAGGUGAGUGGCCGGCCAGCGCAAGCGAAAUCGACAACCUGGACGUGAAGGCGUUCUACCACCGGAAGGAGAGCCUGGCGCUGACUCAGGGCUGCAUUCUUUUCGGCCAACGAGUGGUGGUGCCGGAGACCUACCGAAAGCGGAUCCUGCAACGCCUGCACCACGGUCACCCGGGCAUGGUCCGGAUGAAGAGUCUGGCUCGGAGUUUCGUCUACUGGCCGCACAUCGACAAGCAGGUGGAGGACACGGUGAAGCAGUGCGCGGACUGUGCUGCAGCUGCCAAAUCUCCCCCACACUCUCCACCAGAAGCCUGGCCAACACCAGCGGGACCAUGGCAACGCAUUCACAUUGAUUACGCGGGCCCGAUCGAUGGUCUCUACUUUCUCAUCAUCGUGGACGCUUUCUCGCGAUGGCCUGAGAUCUACCCGACAACGACCACGACCGCUAGGGCCACGAUCCAGUUUCUUCGAAGCACGUUCGCACGCCUUGGCCUGCCGAUGGUGCUCGUGUCGGACAACGCUGCUCAGUUCACUUGCGACGAGUUUGAGUCCUACUGCAAGGCGAACGGAAUCACCCACAUCCUCACCGCGCCCUACCAUCCGCAAUCGAACGGGCAAGCGGAACGCUUUGUGGACACCGUCAAGUCGACGCCGAGCGGAACAACCGAGCAGAAGUCACCAAGUGAACUGCUGUUUGGACGUCAAAUGCGCACCACACUCGACCUACUGCGACCACCACCAACACCGGUUGCUGAGAUGAAGACGACUGCUGAGAACGACCAGAGACGAGAAUUUGCACCUGGCGACUUGGUGUAUGCGAAGGUGCACAAGCGGAACGACUGGUACUGGGAGGCAGGAAAGGUCAUCGAAAGGCUCGGCUCGGUGAACUACAACGUGUGGUUGGACGGCCAACGUUCGGGGCUGAUCCGGUCGCAUAUCAACCAGCUUCGUCCACGGCACGAGUCAGCGGAUUCGCCGGCGCGCGGUCGCGCUGUUAACCUUCCGCUGGACAUUCUCCUGGGCGAGUUUGGGUUCGCUCAACCAACAACUGAGGACGACACGCAAGCAGCUGUGGUGGAAGGCGCGAACCAACCAGGAAUCACCGAGCAACCUGGCAACAACGAUGGACUGGAACCAGCUGUGAUCCAACGGCCGAUCCGGCGGGCUUCGACGGGAAGUAUUCCGCCGAGUUGCGUUCCCGUGCCGACGACGACGAUCACCAGGAGUGGACGCGAGGUAUUCGGCUCGAAGAAAGGCAUUCCUGUCUACACGGCGAAUCGUCUUCAACGCUGGGCCUUGACGUUCCUGCUGUACGACUUCGACAUCCAGCACGUUUCGACGACGGCUUUCGGCUACGCUGAUUUCCUCUCCCGGCUGAUGUCAUCCCAAAGCCGGCCAGAUGAGGAUUACGUGAUUGCCGCCGUCUACGUCGAAUCCGAAGCCAGAGCCAUCCUCGACGACUCAAUCAGCAACCUUCCAGUCACUCACAAGAUGAUCGUGGCUGAGACGCGAAAGGAUCCAGUUCUCCAGCAAGUGGUGAGUUUCCUCAACGAAGGUUGGCCAGCGAGCGCCAAGCUGAUUGCUGACCCUGACGUCAGAAAGUUCUUCGCUCGGCGCGAUGGACUGCAAGUCGUCGACGACUGUGUGAUGUUCGGUGAUCGGAUCGUCGUGCCCCUCAAGUUCCGCAAACGGAUCAUUCGCCAACUGCAUCGCGGACACCCAGGGAUGGACCGCAUGAAGUCUCUGGCCCGCAGCUACGUUUACUGGCCGAACGUAGACGACGAUGUGGUGCAGUUUGUUCGCCAGUGCAAACCGUGCGCUGCUGCAGCGAAAUCCCCGACGAAGGCGACCCUCGAGUCGUGGCCUCUCCCGGACAGGCCGUGGCAACGUGUCCACAUCGACUACGCUGGACCAGUCGAUGGUUACUACUACUUCGUCAUCGUGGAUGCCUACUCCAAGUGGCCCGAGAUCUUCCGCACUCGUGCCAUAACCGCAACUGCAACCCUGGACAUGCUUCGUGAGACCUGCUCCCGUUACGGCAACCCGGACGUCCUGGUCUCAGACAACGGAACGCAGUUCACCAGCGGGCAGUUCGAGGAGUUUUGCCGUGCAAAUGGUGUCACCCACCUCCGCACUGCGCCCUAUCACCCGCAGUCAAACGGCCAAGCGGAGCGAUUCGUUGACUCACUCAAACGUGGCCUCAAGAAGUUGAGUGAGGGGGAAGGCUCGCCCACAUUGGAGCACUUGCAAACGUUCUUGUCGGUGUACCGUUCCACGCCCAAUCGGAACACACCGAACAUGACGUCUCCAGCUGAAGCAUUCCUUGGACGACCGGUGCGCACCACACUGGACCUGCUGAAGAAGCCUGUUCCUGCCACACCGAUCGCCGUCAACCAUAAGCAGAACGAGCAGUUCAACCGUCGGCAUGGAGCCGUCAAGCGCGAGUUCAAGGACGAUGACCUGGUCUACGCCGAGUACCACCAGCGCAACACCAAGUCCUGGAUUCCCGGCCGUGUCGUCGAACGGAAAGGUUCCGUCAACUACAUCGUGCAGCUGGACCUGGAAGGAAGACAGAGGAUCGUGAGUUCGCACGUCAACCAGUUACGCCCUCGCUACGAUGCUGAAGUUCCUGACCAAGUCCAACAACGUCUACCGUGGGAGAUCCUGAUCGAAGAAGCUCGACCGUUGCUGCUAGCCGACCAGGAAGAACCUGAAGCUCCCAUUGAGAUCGACAUUCCUGUUCCGGACAGUCCCGCACCACCGGCCCUGCCUGGAACCGAAGAUCCGCUGGAAGGUGGAUCUGGCACAAAUCACUUUGUGCUGCCUGAAGAUGCCGUACACGCCGACAAGCCCGUUACGCCGCCGAAGCCGCCGACGCUGAUACUUCCUGUUGGUCCACGACGUCCCGUUCGACCGUCCAGGAUUCCACGGUGGCUGAACAUGUACGACAUCUCUUAA